AACAAAUGCGGGUAGAAGAUAUUUCAUCACCCAACUGAAAUUCAUGUAAAAAGACGAAGGACCAUACCGCUAGACGAACGAGCCAAACCCAAAAUGAUCAACAACCCACCACGCCACCGUAAGCACCGACGAGGGUCGUCCAAAAUGAUGUGGGGUUCCUCGCGCCAUCGUUUUUUCGCCAACCCGCCUCACCAUUGGGUCUCCCCUAAGUACCGGCCUCAACAAGAAGAGUGGGACAUUUUACCGAUCCACAUCUGUGCAUUGGGAAGUGGGCUUGACUGCAGGAAGAAAACAAGAUACAUUAAGGUUUCAGUUUGAACCAUUUAAUAUGUAUAUAGGAGAAAAUUUCAAUGUUCAUUUUCAUGAAAAUUUCAAUUUUUGGAAAUUCUUAGAUAAUAAUUCAUCAGGAGGACUGAUUCAUUCAGAUUUCAUCCCAAAUAAGAUAUUCACAGAAAUGAUGAUUUCAAAUUCUGCCAAGCGGAUCCGAGACGUGCCAAAUGCAGGAGGUAGUUCUGUUAUAUCAGAAGUGUUAUCUUUCGAGUUCCUCAACAAGGCAUGCCAGGCUGAAUUACUGAAGACCGAGAUGGAAGUUAGAUAUUUUCCAGAAGGAGGUUCAAUAACUGACUACGUAUGUAAAAUUUUCGACAAGAAAGUGGGCGUGUCCGUAACCAGGGCUAUGAAGUACAGAGGGCAAUACACAGAAGAAGACGCCCACCAUUUACUGACUAAAAAACUAAAGGGAGUAAUUCAGUCAAGUAAAAACUCUAUGGAAAAAUGGAGCAAACAGAUUCUACACGUCUGGGUACCAAACAAGCACACUGCUAACACUAUAACCAAGGUCUACAACAAGUUGUCUGCCAAUGUCCGCUCUAACACUAUCGUCAUGGUGACAAGAUCAUCUUGCUCUUCAUACAUUUAUACGAAUGGAUGAAAAUCAGAACGAGCU